AUGCAGCUCGAAACUCAAGCGACAGUGGGCCCUGAGAUUCGCCUCAGCAAUUUUGACGAGCAUACGCACGCAAAUGGACACUAUCUAUUCAGAGGUGCGGAAAAACCGAAAUCAACUAUUCUCCACGUUUGCGUCGAGGUCAAGCCCAGGUCAACGGAGCAUCAAAUCCUGUCCGAGAAUCGCACUUUGAACCUACCUGCUAAGGAACCAUACUCCGAAGUUCAGGAAUUGAUAUGUAAUGUUCUCGAGAGACACCAUAUUGAAGGCGAAUGCAAAGGCCGCUUUGUAAUUCUGGAAAGAAGCGGGAGCUGCGAGGAGUUCCCGAUCGCAUCGCGCCCACAAUUUGAACAGGCAAUGGAAGACUUUCAUAUCCGAGGUUAUGACAAGAUCACGUACAAGGCAACUUUUUUGCGCAUUGAGGGACGAGUCACCACCACUAGCCGUCAGCAGCUCUUCGAUGCUAUUCACAAGGAGAGGAUACAGAAUAAGAACCUGGACAACGAGAACGAUGCCUGGUUUGUUCCCGUUGAUAGGCUUCUUGAAAUAAUCUCCGAGACUGCCGUAACCUCUCUUUUUCAAGAUCUAGUAGAACUAAAAUCGAAAACGAGAUCAGAAAUCACUGACAUAUGUCGCAAAGCGCCUCGACUUUUGGCGACGCUGGUUCUCGCCGGAUUCGAUGGCGAUCUCGGGCAUCUUCUCAGUCAAUUCCUACAGCAUAGAAUGUAUGACAACAUGAUGCCGUUCUCCGACAGCGCUAAAUAUCUUCCUUGGUUCUGUAACGACGAACAACAUCAACGAAUUUGUAUGUUUCAGUGGCAAACAAUAGCUAUAGAGAUCCCUCCUCCACCCAAAGGCGGGCAGGGGAACCGGAAACGGGCGUAUAGCUCAAAACACGCCCUACCACUCGAAGACGUACAGCAAGUGGGAGCUGGAGGAUUCGGAAUGGUGUAUAGGAUCAAGGUGAAGGCAUCUCAUCAGAAGGCAUACAAACUGGCCAAUGACCCGAACCCUUACUUGGCUAUGAAAGAGGCUAAACGGGAGGGAAGCAAAGAAGACUACGAGAAAGAAUGGACAAUGCUAACUCAACUGGAAGAGUUCGGCCAUCAAAAGCACCUCAUUCGUCUCUUAACGGCUUUCCAGCACGGCGACAAAUACUAUCUCAUCUUUCCUUUUGCCCGAUCGGACCUCCAGAAGCACUUCCAAUUGGUGGACCCUCGAGGGCAAAAUCAAAGCAAGUAUGUCAUUUGGACGCUCGAACAGCUCCAAGGGCUUGCUGAAGGUCUGAACCACAUUCACCAGGAUGUUGGCAACACGCUUCAACCUAACGACCUGCUGGGCAAGCCAGUCCGGUUUGGUUACCACCACGACCUCAAGCCGGAAAAUUUGCUGCUCUUCGUGCAGAUGGAUGAAACGUUCGACGAGCCGCUAAAGGGGCUUGAAGUAGGUUUUGGCCGAAUCGUAAUGUCGGACUUUGGCCUGGGCAAAUUUCGCACCCAGAUCCAGGGCAGCGCCACGGAGACUAUUCGGGGAAGCGAGGUCUACGCAGCGCCGGAAGCUGGCGCUCGUAGCCUCGAACGGAAACAAGCACGCGCUUAUGAUAUAUGGUCUCUCGGAUGCAUUGUCCUCGAGUUCAUCGUUUGGUUGAAAGAAGGCUCCGACGGUCUGGAAACCUUUGCAUGUAAAAGAUCCGGCGCGAUCGAUUUCCACCGCCCCCAAAUUACAACCCAGGGGUACUAUCACUACGACCAAACCGGCACCCCCCAGCUUCGACCCGAAGUGUUGGAGCGUAUCGAAUUCCUCAAGCGGCAUUGCACACACCAAGCAGCUUCAGGUCCUAUACUUCGUCUUCUUGGACUGGUAGAAAGGUGCCUGAGAAUCAGCCCUGACAGCCGUCCGAGAGCGGACCAGGUUGCGAAAGAGCUCAAGUUCAUUCUCAGUGUUGCGAAAAAUUCGGCCGGCAACUUCUUCAGAGAUAUUCCCUACUCGUAG